AUCCCUCCGUCACAGCGUCGCCUCUCUCGAGUCUCGCUCUCGUGCCCCCACAACGCCGGAGAGAGAAGAAUAACUCGAACGCGUCGCGCUGACGGGAUCGAUGGCGAGCGCGGCGGCGUCCAUCUCGCGGAGCCUCCGCCGGUCCCGCCGCGGCGGCGGCGGCCACCACCUCCUCCUCCUAGCGCGCGGGUUCGUCACGGCGGAGUGCCACCGCCCCGUGGUGCUCCACAAGCGCGGCUCCGACAUCCUCCACGACCCAUGGUUCAACCGGGGCACGGGGUUCUCGAUGACGGAGAGGGACCGGCUCGGCCUCCGGGGCCUGCUCCCGCCCAACGUCGUCUCCUCCCAGCAGCAGAUCGAUCGAUUCAUGCUUGACAUGAAACGGCUGCAGAAAUAUGCGAGAGAUGGUCCAUCAGAUACUUAUCCAUUAGCAAAAUGGCGUAUCCUUAAUAGACUUCAUGACAGAAAUGAGACAAUGUACUACAAGGUCUUAAUAGAUAACAUUGAGGAGCAUGCGCCUAUUGUUUACACACCCACUGUUGGGCUCGUUUGCCAAAACUAUAGUGGUUUAUUUAGACGGCCUCGGGGAAUGUAUUUUAGUGCAGAAGAUCGUGGGGAGAUGAUGUCCAUGGUGUACAAUUGGCCAGCUGACCAGGUUGACAUGAUUGUAGUGACUGAUGGAAGCAGGAUAUUGGGCCUGGGUGAUCUGGGGGUGCAUGGUAUUGGUAUUGCCAUUGGAAAGCUGGAUUUAUAUGUUGCUGCUGCUGGAAUAAAUCCCCAGAGGGUUCUUCCUGUCAUGAUUGAUGUGGGAACAAACAAUGAGAAGCUCCUUAAGGAUCCUCUGUAUCUUGGGUUACAAGAACAUCGUCUGGAAGGAGAAGAAUAUGUAGCAGUUAUCGAUGAAUUUAUGGAAGCUGUUUACGCUCGCUGGCCCAAUGUGAUUGUCCAGUUUGAAGAUUUCCAAAGCAAGUGGGCCUUCAGGUUGUUGCAGCGUUACAGGAAAACUUACCGUAUGUUCAAUGAUGAUGUUCAGGGAACCGCUGGCGUUGCUAUAGCUGGUCUUUUAGGAGCUGUAAGAGCACAAGGAAGGCCGAUGUUAGAUUUCCCAAAGCAAAAGAUUGUUGUUGCAGGGGCUGGCAGUGCGGGGAUUGGAGUUGUGAAUGCUGCAAGUAGGACCAUGGCAAGGAUGCUGGGAAACAAUGAAGUUGCUUUUGAGAGUGCCAGGAGUCAAUUCUGGAUAGUUGAUGCCCAUGGUCUAAUAACAGAGGAGCGCACAAACAUUGACCCUGAUGCACGCCCUUUUGCUAGGAGGAAGAGUGAACUGGGUCACCAAGGCCUAAGUGAAGGGGCAAGCUUGAUUGAAGUGGUUAAAAAGGUGAAGCCUGAUGUGAUACUUGGAUUAUCUGCUGUUGGUGGUUUGUUCUCGAAGGAGGUUCUAGAGGCAUUAAAAGAUUCAUCCUCUUCAAGACCAGCGAUUUUUGCAAUGUCAAAUCCAACUAAGAAUGCUGAAUGUACACCUGAAGAAGCCUUUUCAAUUCUUGGUGAAAAGAUCAUCUUUGCCAGUGGAAGCCCAUUUAACGAUGUGGAUCUCGGUGAUGGAAAGCUUGGUCACUCAAAUCAAGGGAAUAAUAUGUAUCUCUUUCCUGGUAUAGGUCUGGGAACCCUGCUGUCUGGAGCGCGAGUUAUCUCUGAUGGAAUGCUACAGGCUGCAGCUGAACGCCUGGCUUCAUACAUGAAAGACGAGGAAGUUCAUCAAGGGAUAGUGUACCCUCCAAUCUCCAGAAUACGUGAUAUCACCAAGGAGGUGGCAGCAGCAGUUGUGAAGGAAGCUGUUGCAGAGGAUCUAGCUGAGGGGUAUCGUGAUAUGGAUGCACGUGAACUUUCAAGACUCAGUGAGGAAGAAACAAUGGACUAUGUCAAGCAGAACAUGUGGACCCCAGUUUAUCCAACAAUAGUGUACAAGAAAGACUAGAGCUUUAAUGUCCACGUAUAACAUCUAUUGUGAUGCCAGUUUUCCAUAGGUUACAGUUUGGAACUUGGAUCAUUAGAAAUAUUGAUACUUCUGUUAUGAUAAUCCAAUCUAUUGUUUUCAUGCAACAGUAAAGUGUUAGUACAUCAUACCGUUAGAGGUACAUUUGGGAGUGUAUAUUAGGCUCCCUGUGCCAAAUGUGAACUCGGUGCAUUUUGUAUCCAUGUACGCGGUGUGCAGAAACUGGGAUCUGCAUGCCAAUUUCAUGCAAACGUGUAUAACUUAUGUUUAUGUUUGAACACAUUAAAUAAUGGAAGCCUCAUGUUUACUGGCAGCAAUCUGUUCUUGCUGCCUAUCUAA